ACUUUGACCAGAUAUUAUUGCAUCCAAAGAUCAACUGUACCUAGAACAUAGAUACAGAGCCACUUGUCAUCAGGAAGGUGCUCUCUCAGCAGAACGGAAAAUAUCUCAAUGAUUUGAGUUCUGGUUGUGAAUUCAGGCUACAAGGGGUCAGUGCUCUGAAAUGAGUCUCUCUGGAGAGAGAGAGGAGGGGGGCCCUGCCUCUAAAAUGAGUCUCUCUGGAGAACAUGACACCAAAGCGAAGAGUCCAAUCAAGCAGGAGAGACCAGCCUCCCCUGUGCCCAGCUGUCUGUCCAUGAAGAGUGACUGGUCUAUGGAUAAAUUGAUAGACUUCAGAGAGGGAGAUUAUUCUCCUGAACAAAGAACCCAACAGGAGACAUCAGAGUCAGAGAUUCACAGUGGUCAGUCUUCCCAGAGUCAUCAAACAGACCUGGCCCCCAUAUUCAGUGUGCUUGAAGAGAAAAUUAUGACAUUUAUGAAGAACGAGCUGAAGAUGUUCAAGAGGAUUCUUAGUCCAGAACUCCCAGAAGGCUUUGAGAGUCAGAAGCAGGAUAAGGAAGUGGUGGAAGCUGAAGAUGAGAAGCAGGAGAGCAGUGCCAGAGAGGGGGCUCUGAAGAUCACACUGCACGUCCUGAGGAAAAUGAACCAGAAGGAGCUUGCUGACACACUGGAGAAAAAUGAGCUUGCUGUGAUUUGCCAACGUGAACUCAAAUCUAGUCUAAAGAAGAAGUUUCAAUGUGUAUUUGAGGGGAUCGCUAAACAAGGAAACCCAACAUUUCUCAGUAAGAUCUACACAGAGCUCUACAUCACAGAGGGUGGAACAGGAGAGGUCAAUAAGGAACAUGAGCUGAGACAGAUUGAGACAACAACUAGGAAACAAGCAAGACCAGAGACUGCAAUCAAAUGUAACGACAUCUUCAAACCCUUAAGUGGACAAGACAAACUGAUCAGAACUGUGCUGACAAAGGGAGUCGCUGGCAUUGGAAAAACAGUCUCUGUGCAGAAGUUCAUUCUGGACUGGGCUGAAGGAAAAGCAAAUCAGGAUGUCAAAUUUGUAUUUUCAUUCCCUUUUCGGGAGCUGAAUUUGAUGAAAGAGGACAAACACACUUUGAUUGAACUUCUCAAUCACUUCUCAAUGGAAACCAAAGAAUCAAGAAUCUCCAACUAUGACAAAUACAAAGUUCUGUUCAUCUUUGAUGGUCUGGAUGAGUGCCGAAUGCCCCUAGACUUCCAGAAGAACAAGAUCUGUUGUGACGUCACCAAGUCAACCUCAGUGGAUGUUCUGCUGACAAAUCUCAUCAAGGGAAAUCUGCUUCCCUCUGCUCUCCUCUGGAUAACUACCCGACCUGCAGCAGCCAAUCAGAUCCCCCCUGAGUGUGUUGACCAGGUGACAGAGGUACGAGGGUUCAAUGACCCACAGAAGGAGGAGUACUUCAGGAGAAGAUUCAGUGAUGAGGACCUGGCCGGCAGAAUCAUCUCACACAUAAAGACAUCAAGGAGCCUCCACAUCAUGUGCCACAUUCCAGUCUUUUGUUGGAUUUCUGCAAUAGUACUUGAACCAAUGCUGAAACAUAAGAGAGAAGAGAUGCCCAAGACUCUGACUGAGAUGUACACACACCUUGUGGUGUUUCAUACCAAACAGAAGAAUGAAAAGUAUCUUGGGAAAGAAGAGAGCAUUCUGUCACUGGGAAAACUGGCUUUUCAACAGCUUGUGAAUGGCAAUCUGAUUUUCUAUGAAGAAGACCUAAAAGAGUCUGGCAUUGAUGUCAAUGAAGCCUCAGUGUACUCAGGAUUGUGCACACAGAUCUUUAAAGAGGAAUAUGGGCUGUACCAGGACAAGGUGUACUGCUUCGUGCAUCUGAGCAUUCAGGAGUUUCUGGCUGCUGUAUAUGUGUUCCUUUCAUUCAGCAACAACAAUGAAAAUCUAAUGGCCGAACCUCAAACAACAUCCAGCAACGAUUGUCUACUGAAGCCAGAAGUUACUUUCUACAAGAGUGCUGUGGAUAAAGCCUUACAAAGUGAGACGGGAAACCUGGACCUUUUCCUCCGCUUCCUUCUGGGCCUCUCACUGGAGUCCAAUCAGAAGCACUUACAAGGUCUACUGACAACGAAAGGAAGCAGUUCACAGAGCCAUGAAGAAACAGUCAAGUACAUCAAGGAGAAGAUCAGUGAGAAUCCCUCUCCAGAGAGGUGCAUCAAUCUGUUCCACUGUCUGAAUGAACUGAAUGACCAUUCUCUAGUGGAGGAGAUCCAACGCUACCUGAGAUCAGGAAGUGUCUCCAGUGAUGAACUCUUACCUGCACAGUGGUCAGCUCUGGUCUUUGUGUUGCUGACUUCAGAAAAGGAGCUGGAUGUGUUUGACCUGAAGAAAUACUCCAGAUCAGAGGAAGGUCUUCUGAGGCUGCUGCCAGUGGUCAAAGCCUCCAGAGCUGCUCUGCUGUCAGGCUGUGGAGUCACAGAGGAAGGGUGUUCUUCUCUGGUCUCAGCUCUGAAGUCAAACCCCUCACACCCGAGAGAGCUGGAUCUGAGUAACAAUGACCUGAAGGAUUCAGGAGUGAAGCUGCUCUCUGCUGGACUGGGGAAUCCCCACUGUAAACUGGAGACUCUGAGGCUGUCAGGCUGUCUAGUCACAGAGGAAGGCUGUGCUUCUCUGGUCUCAGCUCUGAGGUCAAACCCCUCACACCUGAGAGAGCUGGAUCUGAGUAACAAUGACCUGAAGGAUUCAGGAGUGAAGCUGCUCUCUGCUGGACUGGGGAAUCCCCACUGUAAACUGGAGACUCUGAGGCUGUCAGGCUGUCUAGUCACAGAGGAAGGCUGUGCUUCUCUGGUCUCAGCUCUGAGGUCAAACCCCUCACACCUGAGAGAACUGGACCUGAGCUACAAUCACCCAGGAGACUCAGGAGUCAGACUGCUCUCUGCUAGACUGAAGGAUCCACACUGCAGACUGGAGAAACUCAAUGUGGAACAUGGUGGAGAGUACACAAUGAAACCUGGGCCUAGAAAAUAUGUCUGUGAUCUCACACUGGACCCAAACACAGUAAACAGUCUCCUCUCUCUGUCUGAGGAGAACAGAAAGGUGACAUGUGGGAGACAGAAGCAGCCGUAUCCUGAUCACCCAGAGAGAUUUGAGGUCUGUAGACAGGUGCUGUGUAGAGAGGGUCUGACUGGGCGCUGUUACUGGGAGGUAGAGAGGAGUGGGGGAUGGCCGGUUAUAGGAGUGACAUAUAAAGGAAUCAACAGGAGAGGAGAGGGUAAGGACUGUGGACUCGGAUGGAAUGACAAGUCCUGGAGUCUGUUCUGCUCUGACAACAGUUACACUGCCAGGCACAAUUGUAAUACCACUCUCAUAGACGUCCCUUCCUCCAGCUCCCACAGAGUAGGAGUGUAUCUGGACUGGCCAGCCGGCACUCUGUCCUUCUACAGAGUCUCCUCUGACACACUGACCCACCUGAACACAUUCUACACCACAUUCACUGAGCCACUCUAUCCAGGGUUUUGGGUUUAUGAUGACUCUUCAGUGUCCCUAAUCAAACACAACACAAUAUUUUAAUAAAAUAAGAAUAUAAAUAACUGUGUCACACACACUAGACACUGACACAAAAACACACACACACACACACA